UCCAGCCAGGUCUCCUAAGCAACCAAAUUAGCCCAGUUGCUAGGGUCAUUGUCACUAUCAUGUGGUUUUUGCUCUCAGUGGGGCGCGAGGUGAAUUGUGCGUGGAUGCUGCAGAGAAUAGCGUGAAGCCUCCACACACGCUAUGUCUCCUUGGCAUUGGCAUUGCUAGCACCAUGCUCCAUCAGAUGAGCUACCAGAAAAUCCAGCUUGCUGUUUGUGAUUUGCACUGGCCUACAACACUGGAAACAAUUCUAAACAUUUAUUAUUGUCACUUAAUUUGGUUGUUUGUGCAUGUGCAAGAGGGUGGGGCUGGUUAAUAGAUCGAGGCGUCAUGUGUGUAUUCUGUGUAGAUGUUUUUGUUUGUGUAUACAGAAUACAGUAUCCAGUAUGCCAGUUGAUAGAAAACUGCAGUAAUAUCUUCUAAGUGUGGCUCUCAGGGAGGGCCCAGGACUGGCUGCUUGAAGUUCAUCAUACCAGGUCCUCUCAAGUUUCGCCUGUGAACACCAUUCUGAGAACACACUUUUAAAAUUAGUACAAAACACCUUCAAGCCCUGUAUAUAGUCCACUGCUAGCAUGGCCACUCCGUCGUUAGCACAAGCAUUUUGUAAGGAGUAGUUUCAGCUUUAUACUGUUUUGCAUUAAUGAACAUUCAGCUCUUGAGGGAUAAUGGAACCAUGAUAGCAGAAGAUGAAGUGGAAGGAUAUGAUGAGAUAUUCAGCCCAAAUGACACAAGCUGGACUUGGAGUCAGACCAUGAACUACGUGGGUCAGCUGGCCGGUCAGGUGUUUGUGCAGGUGAAGGAGCUAUACAGAGGCCUGAAUCCUGCCACCCUGUCUGGCUGUAUUGAUGUCAUUGUGGUGCGGCAGCCCGAUGGCACACUACAGUGCUCGCCUUUUCACGUCCGCUUCGGCAAGAUGGGAGUCCUGCGCUCCCGGGAGAAAGUGGUUGACAUUGAGAUAAAUGGGGAGCCGGUCGGUUUACACAUGAAACUGGGUGAAAAUGGAGAGGCGUUUUUUGUUAAAGAAACAGAAAAUGAUGAGGAGAUGCCAUCCCAUUUGGCCACAUCUCCCAUCAUUUCAGAAGGCUCAACUCUAAUGCAGGCCCAGAUGGGUAAAGGCAUGUCCCAUCUGUCUGAGUCUGGAACUGGAACCUCCAUUCAUACCCUCGGCCCCACGCAAGCCUUUGGAGAGAGCUCAAUCAUGAAGAAGAGGAGAAAAAGGAGGAGAAAAUCUAAAGUGGACAAGAAGCGAGAGGAUAAUGGAGACUUCUCAGAAGAUGAGGACAUGUUUCCCAUCGAUUUGAGUUCUGAUGAAGAAAAAGAGGCUACAUGCAGUAGAGCCAUGUCACAUGAGCUAUUUGCUGAGAAGAUGAAAAGAAGCUCCACAACCACCACAUACACAAAGUCUGAAGGAAAGUGGACCGGUGUUAAGAGUGCAGGGCUGGAGAAGACAUGCUCCUUGCCCAUUCCCACCAAUGCAGGAUUAUCCAUCUCCUGUCCCCAACAGACAGCUAUGUUCCAGUCAACACACAGUCCAAAUGGCUCCUUGCCCUCAACACCAAAGAGUGACUCAGAGCUACUGGCCAGCCAGAGGUCCGAAGGGAAACCAAACAAUCCUGAGAUGCUGUGGACAUGGGGAGAGCUGCCUCACGCUGCCAAGCCUUCAUUCCUGCAGGCUAUGUCAGAGCCCAUGGUGGUGACUCAAGCAUCAAUCCCACCACCUGCCAGCACACACUUUAGAGACAUUACAGGAGUUGGGAUGGUGGAGUCUCAGGAUUGUGAUCUCCAUGUGUAUGUGCCAGAUCUCAGGGCUGGUGAGCGGGCAGCAGCACCUGUUGUAGAGGUUGAGGCCAUCAGUGCAGCCACUCAUCUAACAACAGAUCUAGAGGAGGGCCGCCACAGUCCUGGAGCUCAUGCCAUUAGCAAGACUGACUCUCCAUCCAAGAGAAAAGACAAAAAGAGCCGGCAUCUUGGAUCAGAUGGGGUAUACCUGGAUGAAAUCACAGAGUUGGAACCUGAGGUGGCAGCCCUGUACUUUCCUAAAAGUGAUGGAGCAACUGCAUUGGGGGGCGGGGUUGAUCCGAGGAGUGCCAAUCAAUCCCCUCAGUCAGUGGGCAGCAGUGGAAUGGACAGCGGAUUGGACAGCUUGUCUGAUCAGUUAGGAGACUUGCCUAAUAUUGCCAUCUCUCUGUGUGGAGGACUGUCAGAAAACAGAGAGAUCACUAGAAACGAAUUCGAGGAACGAGCAAUAUCCUAUCAGGAGUUUGCAGAUAACCCAUCUAUUAUUGAUGAUCCCAACCUGGUCGUAAAAAUUGGAACCAAGUAUUAUAACUGGACUACAGCUGCUCCUAUCGUACUGGCCAUGCAGGUUUUCCAGAAGCCAUUGCCAAAGGCCACGGUGGAGAACAUAAUGAAGGAGAAGAUGCCCAAAAAAGGAGGACGCUGGUGGUUUUCAUGGCGGGGCAGAAACAGUAGCUCCAAGUCGGUUGCUGAGUUACACUUACUGCAACAGGAAUCAGCAUCAGACCAGAUUGAGGGUGGAGAGCAGGCUAUAAGAACAGGCUCUGUGGGCAGGUUUAAGGACGAAUCAUCAUCCAGUGAAGAUGACUGUGGAGCUUCUAAGCAGAAUCCUGUGAGCAACCAGCCUGAAGCUCUUCUCAGCUCUGGAGGCCACUACUACAGGAAGACUCUACGUUUGUCAUCAGAACAGCUAACCAGACUGAAUCUAAAAGAUGGCCCUAAUGAUGUGGUCUUCAGUGUCACUACCCAGUACCAGGGCACUUGCCGCUGUGAGGGCAUCAUUUAUUUGUGGAGCUGGGAUGACAAGAUAGUGAUUUCAGACAUUGAUGGCACUAUCACAAGAUCUGACACCCUGGGACAUAUUUUGCCAACUCUGGGCAAAGACUGGACCCAUCAGGGCAUUGCUAGACUUUACCACAAAGUUAGCCAGAAUGGCUACAAGUUUAUGUACUGUUCAGCACGGGCAAUUGGGAUGGCUGAUAUGACCAGGGGUUACUUGCACUGGGUUAAUGAAAGAGGCACCAUGCUACCUAUGGGACCUGUGCUGCUUAGUCCCAGCAGUCUUUUCUCUGCGUUUCACAGGGAGGUCAUUGAGAAGAAGCCAGAGAAGUUUAAAAUCGAAUGUCUUACAGACAUUAAAAACUUGUUCCAUCCAAACACGGAGCCCUUCUAUGCUGCUUUUGGAAACAGGGCAACAGAUGUUUAUUCAUAUAAACAGGUGGGAGUGCCUUUGAACAGAAUAUUCACUGUGAAUCCUAAGGGAGAGCUCAUACAAGAACAUGCAAAGACCAACAUAUCAUCGUAUGGUCGUCUGUGUGAGGUUGUGGACCAUGUCUUCCCUCUUUUGAUCAGAGGAAACACCACCGACUUUCCCUGUUCAGACACUUUCAGUCAGUUUACAUUCUGGAGAGAGCAGUUACCAGAUGUGGCCAAGCAGGAUCAAACUGAACAAACUGAAAGCAGCUGAAAGAUGUAGUCACAAAAGCUAUCAUGUCUAGGUAUUCCUCACCUACAAGCUCGAAUGCUGCACUGCCAUAAGGUUACGCACAAGCAACAUAGCACUUUGCAAAGAAACUGCAUGCUGCCCUCUGCCUGUUUGUACAGUACAUUAUCAUUUUGGUGUGUGCUAAUGUAUUGUUUUACUGGCAAGAGCCCAAAUUUACUAGCAUAUAAUGCAGCUCAUAUUAGGAAAUUUGUUUUUUGAUGACUAUACAAAUAUUUUAAAGUGCCAAAUCCAUUAUUCAUUACCAAGCAGACAAUUACAUUAUGCUGUCAUAUUAAAUUAUCAUAUAAACUUAUGGCUUUGCCUAAGGAUGUUCUUACAGUAUAUGAGGGAAUAUGGUUAGUACAACAGUGUUCUUUGGCAUUUAUCAUAAAGCAAACUCAGAGAAAUUUGAAAGCUUCAACAUAUUAAUUAAAAAAAAUUAUAUAUUUACAUUUAAAAACAAACUCAGAUGUAGUUAUAAAGCCAGCACUAGCAUUUCUCAGGUGUAACAGAAUUUAUAGUCAGAUAGGCAUUUGAAACUUAAGUGACCUUUAAAACAAUCAAAGUAUUAACUGUGUCAGUUAAAAUUUUUCUUUGAAAUCUAAAUUAUUUUACUAGUCUUUCAAUUUCCUUAAGAACAAAACAUAACACACAUGAGCGGAUAUUACUGAAAGUAAUAGUUUAAAUUCUCUGCAGAACACAAAGAAAUAUCUCAGCUCUGUAUGUCCAUACAAUGCAAGUGAAUGGUGACAAAAUCUUUGAGAUUUAAAAAAAAAAGCACAUAAAGGUAGCAUAAAAGUAAUCCAUAAAACUCCAGUGGUUUAAUGCACAUCUUCUGAAGCGAUAUAAUAGAUUUUGAAUUAGAACAAACCAAAAUAUUCAGUAGCUCCUUUUCACUAUAAAUCUUGACAUCAGAAUUUUCCUUGGCGAUCAUGAUUUCAAAGAGGCUCUGUGCAUGCGUCAAGCACUACGAAGUGUAAUUAAGCUUGAAAUCGUGAUGGUGCCUAAAAAACAGUUACAAAUUAUAUUUUGGUCUGCUCUUAACCAAAAUUGAUUAGAUCACUUCAGAAGACAUGGAUUAAAACACUGGAGUAAUAUGGAUUACUUUUAUGCUGCCUUUAUGUGCUUUUUGGAGCUUAAAAGUUUUGGUCAACAUUCACUUGCAAUGUGAGGACCUACAGAGCUGAGGUAUUCUUUUAAAAUCUUUGUUUGUGUUCAGCAGAAGAAAGAAAGUCUUACAAAUCUGGGAAGGCAUGAGGGUGAGUAAAUGAUGAAAGAAUUUCCUUUUUUGGGUGAACUAUACCUUUAAUUGUGAAUCAUCUUUGACAACUUUUUUCAAACUUUUUAAUCCACACAUUACGUUUUGCCAAAUACUUAUUAUAUUAUUAUUAUUAUUAUUAUUAUGUGGUAACUUUGUAUUCUUUUGUUAUUUUAGUGUAUUUUAUUUCAGAUACACAACUCUAACCAGCAUAUACAGUGUGAGUCAUGCAAAAAUGUAUUAUGUCAUACAUCAUACGAGUCAUAAAGCAUGUUCAAGACUUAAAAUACAGUAGCAAUGAAAAGAACACUCAGGUCAUGAAGUAUUCCCUACCUGUACUAAUUUCUACACAUUAAUACCAUAUUUAUCUUAAAAAUAUUUUUCAUGCAAAUACAUCAGAGAAAAAACCCCAAUUCUACACAUUUUAGUCAAGUGAAGCUUAAGGUGCACGCUAUGUUAAACAGAAGGAUAUUUUUAUUUAAAAAAUAAUCUAUUUAUUGCCAACACUAACACAAGACCUCUCCCCAAUAGUGUGUCUUGUUUUCAUUAUGUGUCUGAUUAAAGGGUGAAAUGGAUAGAGUUUUGAAAGCACUGUAUAUAGGAAUAUAUUAUACAGUAUGUCUUUAGUGAAUGAAUAAGGGUUUUGUGUGAUAUGUCUAGAAAUUUAAGACAUGCUCUGGCUAGUUGAUGCUCCUACGGCUUUAUUUAACAUGCUAAGUGAAAUUUUGUAUUCUAUUGUGGUUUUUCACAGUUAACAAUGAGCACAUUAAACAAGCACUUAUGUGAAUGCAUUAAGGGCCUACUGUUAAAGCAGUGCUCUCUAAUCUAGGGAGUAGCUGAAAUAAAAGAACUGUGUAUUUUAGCAUAAAUUGUCUCAUUAUUUUCAAGGAAAAUAUAGCGCAUGUGUUAUAGGUGUGUGCAACGUGAAAAUGCAAUUUGUACCGAUCUCUAAUUGGUUCGGUCAGCGAUACAGAACUGUUUUCAUAUUAUUUUGACAAAGGACUGCUUCAAACUUCCAACACUGUGAAUGAUCAGAUCAAACAUUCUAGUCUGUCUCUCUAGGUUUUGUCUUACACUUUUAAUUUAAUCUCCAGUUCAUUGAGAUAUUCAUAUUCUAACAAAUUCUGUGAAAGCUGAAUAAUACAAGGAUGUGAUUCUCAUCCCUGUUGAUCUCAACAGGUUUCCUAUUAAUAGAAUGAUAACCCAUGUUAAGUUACAAAAACGUUUGUUUUGUCUGCAGUCUAUAUGGAAUUUCUUUAUUCUUUCUGUGAAAGAUCUUGUUGCCUAAGUUGUGGCAGUUGAGUUUGUAUUUCAUUAUUUUCAUUGUAGUAGUUUUUACAUUUCUGUUUUGUGUAUAUUUUAAACUGCCAAAUCUCUGUAAAUUAAAAUCUUAUAACGAAUAAAAAAGAAACAAUGCUUCCUUUUUUUGUCUGAGCAGUAUUGUUAAAGAAAUGUAACUUACAUUAACAAUGUCACUCUAAACAUGUGCAUUGUCAUUCUGAAACAAAGCCUAUACUUAGUGUUCUUGUAGCUAAGCAGUUUGAG